AUGGCUGUUCAUCCCUUCCUGCCCGGCCUUGCCGUCGAGAUUGUCGUCAACGGCGCUUCACUGCCUGAGUACGAUGACAAUAGCGACACUCCCGCUUCGCCGAUGAUGGUCACCAAAUAUGUCGAGGCGACCUCUGGGGCUAACUUUACGAUCGAAGUCUUGCUCAUGGAGGAGUUUCCUUUCCCAAAGGGUCAUCUAGAAGCCGAGAUCAGUCUCGAUGGGCGAGUGUUUAUGUGUGAGCUUAUCAGAGAAGAUCAGUUCUUCAACGACCAUUUGAUGGACGGACGUCACUCUCAAGUUGGUCAAUACCCAAAGACACAGAAGUUCUUCUUCGCCGAUCUGGAAAUAAAUGCUCUCCGCAUCCUGGGUCUUAUCCCACGCGAGCCCACUCCUCCACCUCUGGAAGAGCGACCCGAAGAUGAGCUCACUUCGCAUGAACUACGCCAACUCGUCAAGCAGCUCAAGGAUCGCAAUACAGCUUCGGUCAAGAUCAAGGAAGAAGCCGGUGUCAAGCGCAAGCGAGUCGAUGAAGCUAUCGAGGUGAGCGAUGAGGAGGGCGUAAUGGUUGUUUGGACCGAAAAUCGGAAGCGUCACCGUGGUGCAGAUGGAGAGAUUAUCGUGCUGGACUAG